AUGGCCAAUUGGAUUUGGACCCAACGCAAAACGGCCUAACGUCUCCUUCCAUGACCUAAAAAACGUGCCUUUUAUAGCCGGCCGGUAUCACAGCCUUCUUCAGUUGCAGACGGACAGAGACUGCGCCAUCUAGCAGUGACCCGCCACAUAUGGCGGCCACCUCACCACUCAAAUCCCCACUCUACAUUAACACCGCCAGAGCUCCAAACCUUCCUUCCCUUCUCCCGGUAAAUCCAUCUCAAGCCAAAAUUUUGACCAACCGUGGCAUUACUAUUAGGUGCGACAAUCUUCCUCAGAAUUUGAGCGUUGGGUUUCCCUCUGGCACCGAUCGCAUUCCUUCUAUUCAAAGCUCCUCUCUUUCUCUUUCCUCUUCUGUUUCAAUGGCCGCCACUUCUGUCUCCGAUUCAGCCUCCAAAAAUGUGAAAAGGGUAUGCCUUUUUUACUGCGACGAGACUAGGGCGUUGGCCCAGCGAAUCGCCGCCGAGUCUGACGUCAUUGAGCUCUGCUCCAUCACUUGGAGGACCUUUGAGGAUGGAUUUCCCAACUUGUUUAUACCCAAUGCGCAAGCGAUUCGCGGGCAGCACGUAGCUUUCCUGGCCUCUUUUAGUUCUCCGAAAGUGAUUUUCGAGCAGCUUUCCAUAAUAUAUGCAUUGCCCAAAUUGUUCAUUUCUUCUUUCACUCUCGUCCUUCCAUUUUUCCCUACUGGCACCUCUGAGCGUAUGGAGGAUGAAGGAGAUGUAGCCACGGCUUUUACUCUCGCAAGGAUCUUGUCUAACAUACCCACUUCAAGGGGAGGUCCUACUAGCUUAGUGACUUUCGAUAUCCACGCCUUGCAGGAGAGGUUCUACUUUGGUGAUAAUAUUCUACCCUGCUUUGAGAGUGGGAUACCUUUGCUCAAAAAUCGGCUUCAGCAGCUUCCUGAUUCUGAUAAUAUAGCUAUAGCUUUUCCUGAUGAUGGGGCAUGGAAACGAUUUCACAAGCAGCUGCAGCAUUUCCCCACGAUUGUUUGUGCUAAAGUUCGGGAAGGAAGCCAACGAAUUGUUCGUAUUAAGGAGGGGGACCCUCAAGGAAGACAUGUUGUGAUUGUUGAUGAUUUAGUUCAGUCAGGUGGCACUCUUGUUGAAUGCCAGAAAGUAUUGGCCAAGCACGGAGCUGCAAGAAUAAGUGCCUAUGUAACACAUGGGAUUUUUCCUAAUAGGUCAUGGGAACGCUUUGAAUUUGAUAAUGGAGGUCAUCCUGGGAAAGGGCUGACCUACUUCUGGAUUACAGAUUCUUGCCCAUUGACAGUGAAAGAGGUGAUAAACAAACCACCAUUUGAGGUUCUUAGCCUUGCCAGUUCGAUAGCAGCUGCACUACAGAUUUAAUAGCUUCUGAUCAUUUUGACAUAAUUGACGUGCGGUGGAAAUUGUUGAUAAUCGAGAGUUUAUUUAUUUAUUUAUCCUUUCUUCCUUUCUUUUCUGCAUAAUGUUUAGUCUUUUAAUCUUAAUGUUUAGACUGUUAUUGUAUGUUUAAGUGAUGUUGAGUAUGCAUCUAUAAGAAUUAUGACAUUGGAACUC